CUUCAUCAAUAUGGACUGUCGAAUUUAGGGUUUCGGGUGCGUCGGUCCACCUGAAAACACCGCAGCCGUAAAACUACUUGCUCUUUCCCUCGUGAUCGAGACAUCGCGCAUCUUGAGUCGUCUCUGCUUCCGCUUGUUCGCUUUCUACCCGCCACCAUGAGUAAGGUUCAUGGAUCCUUGGCCCGUGCCGGUAAGGUGCGUGGUCAGACGCCCAAGGUUGCCAAGCAGGACAAGAAGAAGAAGCCAAAGGGUCGUGCCCACAAGAGGAUGCAGUACAACCGCCGGUUUGUGACUGCAGUGGUUGGUUUCGGUAAGAAGAGGGGCCCCAACUCAUCGGAGAAGUAGAGUAAGCUGACGGUUGCAAGUCGCCUUACCCAUUGCAGAGAGUCGGGGAGCCUGGUGAUAACCCUAGCAACAUGUUACUUCUUGGCGUUAGCAGCAUUAAGUGAUUGAACAUGUAAUUACCUGGCUAUAACUGCCACUGAAAUAAUUUUGUACCAUCACUUUGAGACAAGGUUCGGGAGUGAAACAUUAUGAUGCAGUGUGAUCUUCGUAUAUAUCAUCAUUCACAAGAGAAUAAAAUUGAUUUGCAGGUCUGUGUUGAAUGAGUCUAUAUCGUUGUGUUACAUGAAUACAUUCAAUAAAGCAUUACAGCUCUCUCGCGCUUGGUGCCUUAAUUAAUAGUG